AUAUACACAUCGUGCAUUUCAAGCAAUUGUCGAUUCGAGACACUUUCUCUCUUUCUCUUUCUCUCUCUCUCUCUUUCUUUCUUUUCUUCAUCAGUAUUUUUUUCUUUUUAAUAUGAUUUUUCGAUGCUUAAUAUGUUAAUAAAUUUUUUUCGAUUACUGUAUUACUGACGAGAAGCUGAAGCCACAAUUGAAAAGUAAAUAUGGAAAAUAAGCCUACGACAUGUUAAUUUUCAGUUUGAAAAAAUUGAUACAAAAGAACUUUAGCUAGAAAGCUCGCAACUCUACUUAAAAUUAUAAUAGUUACCUGAAGAAGUCAUGGCAAAAAUACAAAUUAUAACUUAGAUUUUCUUCAAAGUAUUCAAAGGAAAACUAUGGCUAAUGAAGACAAAUUAGUUUCACGACUAACAAUUGACCGAGCAGCUUUUUUGCUUCUUAGGGUGAAAAGGGCAUUUAAGAAACGGAAACAAGAAAAGAAAGAAGCAAGUGAAACACUUGAAUCGGAAGGAAAUUCAUCAAUUUAUCGAAUUGGUAAUAAUCGCUAUGAAAAUAGACGAUCUCGACCUGCUCCACUUUUACGCUCUAAAACAUUGCCUGCAAUAAUGGUUCCUAAUGUUGAUAUUUUUUCACUGCAAGUCAAUACUUAUCAGCUUGCUAAAAAUAAAGUUGAACCAGUCAACAUCAAAAGACAACAAGCCUCUUCUAUGUCAAAAUACAAUGUUGAAAAUAUUUCAUCAGCUGUAAAUCAUAAUAGAUUCCACAUACCAAGAGUCUUCUUUACUGAUCAUAUACUAGAACGCCGUAAAUCUACAAAAAUAAUUCACGAUGAGCACAAUGCUUGCCCACACAAUAGCAUUCAAACCAGUAGUGAUAAAUUCAGUGAUAUGCAUGGUUCAGGCAUCGGUUCAGAACCAUCGAAGAAAACCAAUAGCUUAUUAAAUCCACAAAUAAAUUAUAACAUCAUUCCAUUUGCGGAAGAUGAUCGUAUAUUGAGACAAAGUAAUCCUAUUCCACGAAAAGUAUCUAUACAAAGGAGUACUUCUAUGGAUAAUAUAUUUUACUCGACAGAUUUGAAGGUUUAUAAAUCAGAUCAGACUGAUAAUUUUAUGAAAAAUAUUAAACUAUUGAACUGUAAGCGCGAAAGUCAAUUUGAUAUCAAUACUGAACCUAGUUCACAUGCUUUUGUAAAUAGCGAUGGUGCGAGUCAAAAUACGAUUUUCUACUCAAUUCCUCUAACCAGAGCGAAACGAUUAAAAACAAUUGAGCAACAUAGUUUUAUUUACAAUGAACAUGGUAAACGAAGCAAGAGGCUAAGAACUCCUGUUCGUGAGUAAACUAUCAUUAUAUAUAUUUUCGAUUAUAUUCUAUGAGAAAGUUGAGUAAUAAUAUUUGCCUUGGUAUUACAAUAUCCACAGUAUACAUAUAAUAUGCUUAGUGAAUGAAUAAAAAUAUACGUCAAUGCACUAUCAAUCACAUUUUUCACUGCCGUUUGAUCUUGGGCUAUUAAUUCUAGCUUGGUCACCAUAUGUGACUAAAAUGACUUUGGUCAGGUGAUGAAAGAUUCGCCGCGAUAACUAUAAUAGUUCCAAAUCGUUCAGGUUAUUCACGACCACUGUAGUACUUCUGAAGGUAGACAAUGUCCAUUAAAGCCCAGGUUAAGCCUCAUUGGAGUAUCGAUAUGACCCCCGGUGGAUCCUGGGCAUCAUUUAUUUAUCUUUUGGUGUAUAAUUUCAUAUUUUAAGUUUUGUUAUUUUUAAAUUGGCUGACGCCUAUCUCACCUGCUAUUUUUAUAUAUCCAUAGUUAUUAAAUACAUAAAUGAUAAAUGAUUAGGUUAAGUAAUUGGAAGAAAAAACUUUGACGGAAACUUGAA